AUCCGGUCGUGGGGACGGCGUCGAGUGGGAGUGGUCGACGGAGGGGAUUGUUGCCUUGAUCGGGAGAGGACCUCCACGGUUAUGAAGUAAUGCCAUGAUGACUGGAUGAGCAGGAACAGUGUUAUGUCCGCAAUUGGACUACUGUUGGACACUGGUAUAUAUAACGUCCCUACCUUAGCUACUUACUGUACAGCGAUAUAUGAUAGCCAUGUUACUAUUGUUCUUAUAUUCACUCUUUACACAUUUCCCUGCCCCUAAGACCUUGACCGCUCCGAGCCUCAUGAACGUCUUAACUCGUGACCGUGAGAGACAAUCCCACCCACUUAUCACUGAUCACCUGGCCGGCUGGGCCGCCAACCAGUCGCCCAUGUCCUUGAUCAUCAUUGACGGUCCAUGCCAGUUGCCAAGUCCCCAACAGAUUCCGAUCAACCCGAUCUGCUCACCCAGCCGUCUGCAGCUAGUGACAAGUGACAAACUAGUAUCGCGAAAGGAAAGCUAGCGUCGAUCAUGUGCAGGAAGGCAGCCUGAGGGCCUGAGGCAGGAGCCUGAGGCAG